AUGGCAGCAAAACCCGGCUCAACCAAGCCCUCAGGCAAAGACUCGAAUAAGAGCAAGCCUCUUUCCUCCGCAUCGAAAGUGAGCAAGAAAGCCGCCAAGCGCCCGCCGCCCAAGGAAGUUAAGUCGAAGGCGCGCACCGAAGCGAGCCAGCUGAAAAAGAAGAAGAAGAGAGAGUAUACGGAGGAGGAAUUGGACCUGCCGAAGUUGAAUGCAAUCACGCCUGUUGGGGUGGUGAAACCCAAAGGGAAGAAGAAGGGAAAGGUUUUCGUUGACGACCAGGAGGGAAUGGCUACCAUUCUUGCCAUGGUAAAUGCCGAGAAAGAAGGCCAGAUUGAGUCCAAGUUGCAGAAGGCCCGUCAGUUAGAGGAGAUCCGAGAAGCGAAGAGAAAGGAAGCCGAAGCUAGACAGGCACAGAAGAAAAAUAAAUUGGAGGAGACCAAGGCAGCCAUCCGUCAAAAGCGCAAGCGCAAGGGUGAUAGCAAUGAAGACACGAAAACCGAUACUACAGCAACCCAACCUAACGGGUCGUCUUCGAAGUCGAAAGGGAAGAGGAAAAGUGUUUCAUUUGCUUGA